AUGGAUGAAGAAGGUCAUUUAAGAAAUGUCUUCUGGGCGGAUGCGAGGUCUAUAGCGGCUUAUGAAGCUUUUGGUGAUGUAAUUUCCUUUGAUACAACAUACUUGACAAAUAAGUAUGAUAUGCCAUUUGCUCCGUUUGUCGGUGUAAAUCAUCAUGGCCAAACUGUAUUGUUUGGGUGUGGCUUAUUGUCCAGAGAGGAUACAGAAACGUAUGUUUGGCUUUUCAAAACUUGGCUGGAGUGUAUGUCAGGCAAGGCUCCUAAAGCAAUUAUUACAGAUCAGUGUAUGGCUAUUCAGGGUGCAGUUAGAUUGGUUUUCCCAAAUUCACAUCACCGCCUUUGCCUUUGGCAUAUCAUGAAGAAGGUUCCUGAGAAGCUUGAAUGUUUAAAUGAAUACAAAGCAAUCAAGAAGAUUUUGAAACACAUCACAUAUGAAGCAGUGGAUUCUCAAGAGUUCGAAGACACAUACUUGAAGAUGAUGGUGGACUAUAACCUUGAGAAAAAUGAAUGGCUGAAUUCUCUAUUUAAAAUUAGUUGUGUCAGAAUAGAAGUUGAUUCAACUAUAGAAGCUGAACUAUAUGCUGUUGAGUUGGGACUCAAAAUUGUAGCUGAUUGGAGAGUAGAAAAGAAGCAUCAUCGUCUCUUUCCUUUUCCCUCGCCCCCCAAUUUCUCAUGGGCUGUAUCCAUUCUCACACCGACCACCGUUCCUUCAUCGCCUUCUCUUCCUCUUCUUCCAUCUCCAACCCCACCGCUACCACCACACCGUCUCCUCCGCCGCCGCCGGAGAAGAUCCUUCCCUCCGGUUCUCGCUCCCUCAACCUCCCUCCCCAUCGUCGUCCACCACCCAGCUCUCCACCGCGGUGACUCCCAUCACCUCGUUUCCCUCACCUCCACGUCCUACGGUUCACCUCUCCUCCUCGUCGACCCCAUCUCCAUCUCUCCCUGCGAGUCCUUACUCAUGGACCAUCGCCGCCGAUCCUGUUUGGCUUCCGGCGGCGCCGCCACCCCCACCACCGUCAUCAACGCUUGGGACCUCAUGGACGGUCUCGACGAGCCCUUGUCUUCCUCCCCCUCCCCUAACUCCAAGAAACCCCUCCAUCUCUCCCGAUCCUUCACUUUCCAUCAUCGCCACUCUUCCAAACCCCUCUGGGAACCCGUCUCGGAGGAACCCUCCAAGCGCCCUUGCGUCGUCCUCUACACGACCUCUCUGCGCGGCAUCCGCCGCACCCACGAGGACUGCUGCUCCGUUCGCGCCAUCUUGAAAGGCCUCCGUGUCGCCGUCGACGAGCGGGAUGUGUCCAUGGACUCCUCCUUCCGGCAUGAGCUCCAGUCCCUGAUUGGGAGGAACAAGCCCUUCUCGUUGCCGCAGGUGUUUGUGAAGGGGCGGUGUAUUGGUGGGGCGGAGGAGGUGCGGCAGCUCCACGAGGCCGGGGAGCUCGUGAAGUUUCUUGAAGGCGUGCGGAGGCAAGACCCGUGCUUCAUCUGCGCCGGCUGUGGCGGUGUGCGGUUCGUGCCGUGCGGGGUUUGUAGCGGGAGCCGUAAGGUGUUCGAUGAGGAAGGAAGGAUGAUGAGGCGUUGUGGGGACUGCAACGAGAAUGGAUUGGUACGUUGCUCCAACUGCUACUCUAUGUGAUCUGAUUUCAAGAAAUAAAAGAUGCAAACUGCUUCUAAUUUCCAUUUCUUGAAUGAGAUUAUGGUGUGGAGUUGAAUAUGGAGAUUGCUUAUCUCGGUUGUGGAGUUUCAUUGGUGCUUUCAUAUUAUUGAAGGCAGAAAACCUCCCCCGGGUUCUUGCCUUCCGGAAUUUAAUUUGUGUGUGGGUGUGCUUUGCUGAUGAUGAGGGGAAUAAAUUCAUUUGUAUGGAUUUCAUUGUUUAGUAAAUUCAUGUAAAUAUGAGGCCUCAGAUCAAUAUUCUAAUAUAUCUUCUUGCUGGGAUUGUUUCUUUAGUUUUUGGAUGUAUAAUAGUGUUGAUAACUUGACUUUAAUUGAA